UAGUUUUCUAUUGUAUUGUAGAAAAUUUCUUUUCUUGCAAUUAUAAAUAAAAAAAAGUGUUUAAUUAUAUUAAAAUGAAUCCUUUAUUCGCUUGUUCACGUUGUUUUAGAAAAUUCGCAUUCGAGGAAAUAUUUGCUACCUCAAAUGAAGGAGAUAUGCUGUGUGGGGAAUGUAGGACAACUAAGGCUAAAUGUAACUAUUGCAGAUCAGAAUUUCAACAGUCUGGUAAAUCAUCCAGUGUAUGUCCAAAAUGUAGUGAGAAUAUGAAAUUGUAUGGAAAACCAAAAAAUUGCAGCUUGUGUAGCAUAACUGCUGCAUUUAAAUCGGACAAGUGUCAACGAUGUUUGUCUAGUAUGAAUAAAUAUGGACCUCCUGUAAAGUGUGAAAUUUGUCAGCAAACGUGUGCAUUCAAUCGUAGUGAUUUGAGAAUUGAUGGUAAACUACAUUGUUGGCUGUGCAAAUUGUCAUACAAGAGAGCAUUGGCUAAAGCUAAAAAGUCUGAUAUAGAAAAGCAUAAAGAGCGAGCCAAAAAGAGGUCAGCAGAUGAUGGAAUUAAGUCAGGAUCAAUGAAAUUGAGCAACCAAAGUUCAUCGAAUCGAAAUAACAACGCUAAUGCCACACGAGACUUAUCUAAGGACAUGCCAGAGAAAAUUCAAAAGACUUCAAAUAGUGUAAUUGCUCCAAUUCAUCAUCAAUCAGAUCAUGUUGUCGCAUUGACACAAUUAAAGGAGCAAAUAGCAACACUUCAGAAGAAAUUGCAGCAAAAGGAUAAUCAGUUAUUACAGAAGGAUAAAGAGAUCACUGAGUGGAAAGGAAAGCAUUUUGCAAUCGAAACAGAAAUGAGAACUAGAAUGACAGAUCAAAAAAAAGUUUUUGACACAAAGUCCGACAUAAUGAAUAAAAAAAUUCAACAUCAGCAAGUUCAAAUUGCUACGUUAUCUAAAUCGACUAAACGUUCUACAAAGGAAACUGUAAAAGAACGAGAGAAGGAUAAUAGCUCCGGUACAGAUUCUCCCAACACAAAUUAAUCUGUUUAUUGUUGUCGUCACAAAAAAAAAAAUCAUAUAUAUACAUAACUUUCGUCUUAAACUUUAUUAUUUGAUUACUUCUAUCUGAUAUUAUACAAGAUAUACUUCAUGUCUUGAUUAUGAUUAUUAUUUUAUGUCAUCUCC